AUGACGAUCGGAUUUUUGAACUGGAUUAACUUUCGCGACCGUGAUGUCCGCCGGAAACUUCGAGUGAAAAUAGUUUUUAUUGAAAACUCAAGCGAAGCAUCCGAGACCACCAAUGAUAUAAUUCAAAAUAUGAUGACGCCAUCACACCUGAAGGUCUAUAAGGAGAGAGAGAAGGUCAAGAAUACUUUCGAAGCCGAACCAAUCGAACGUCUCCUGCAGAUUUCUAAGAUACUUGUCGACAAGGGUCACGCCGAAAUGGAAAGUGGCGAUGAAAAGGCAGCCAAAGACGCUUACCACGCCGCUUCAUACUCACUAUCUGAGUGGGACGCUCAGCGUGGUUUCAACACCUCUGGAUGGGCGAAUAUAAGUUUUGAAGCUUUAGCUUCCUUGUGCGAGAUUUAUGCUCAUCUUAACCAAGCUCAAGAAGCCCUCCAGGCUGCUGAGCGGGCUCUUCGUCUCGAUAUAGCAUUUACUGACGCCGGAACCCCCCGUUUAGCACCCGAAACGACGGCGAGCCACACCCCAGCGCCAACGGAAUACUUAGAAGCGACUACCAGGCGUCCUCGUGCGAGGUUGCCAGACCCAGCAAAGUUCGCUGGCUCGACAUCAGAUUGGCCAUCGUGGAAGAUCACAAUAAUCAGUAAGCUACAAGUCGACGGAGAAGCAAUUGGGUCCGCCUCAGACCAAUUGAUUCAUAUCUUUACCCGCCUCGAGAAGCUUGCAUGGAAGAACACGACCGCGUUCAUGCAACAGCGGAAGGAUACUGCGUCCCCACACGAAUUGCUAGCGUAUCUAGAGCGAAUCUAUGGAAACCCGAAUAUCCAAGCCCAAGCAGCGCACGAGCCUAAGCGACAGAUCGUUUUAAACACCCUGAACGAAACGAUGACGGACGCCCUACGACACCGUGGCGUUCCUAAGACGUUCCAAGGUCUGAUUGACCAGCUACACGAGAUCAGCACGGACUACGACACAUUAGAUGCACCACGGAGCCGCGCUAAAAAGACCUGGAAACCCCAGAAAUGGGAAGAACACUACGACCCCAUGGACUGGACGCCGUCCGUUAGUGCGGUGAAAGCGAAUCGCUUCGCUCGCGAUUCACCCCCGAACCGAAGCAAAGAUCAGCACCUUACCGGUAAACGCGCUGAGUGGGUCGAAUCAGAAGAGCUCUACAGGCGACGUGAAGAGGGACUCUGCAUACGUUGCGGACGGCCUAGCUGCCGUAUCGCGACCUGCCCUCUUAAACCAGCGAAACGUCCUGAAGAGAUAAAGAAACACCUUAAUGCCAAUAAGUCGGAGAAGAGGCACCGAAACGGUCCCGUUUCGACUAAGAAAAGCAGGAAGCGCGAGGAAGUUGCUGCGGUCACAGAAUCGUCUAGUGAAGCCGAAUUCACUACGGCGUCUGAAUCAUCCGGAUCGGAAAAAGAGUAG